UAGUAAAAACUUAAGAAAAAGAGAACGAAGCCCCUGCUGCCAGCAGGACCCUGCGGGCGCGCUCCCGUAGGCCGAAUACCCCCGACUGGGCAAUCGCCGCCGCCGUUCUCUCCGUUGUCUGUCUCUCGGCAAGGCAGCAACUGUGCUACCGCCGCCGCGGUGCCCAGUUCUUCGCCGCGCCCUCGGCCCUUCGGCGGCAGCUAGCACCCAGCAGGAGACUGGUGCAGUUCGGUUUCCCAAUAAAAUGUCCGGUUCCAAGAGAAGCCUCCCCCCUUGGAUGAGUUUUUCUAAAGAUGGAGAGGACGAUUCACGCAAGAAGAAGCAUGCAGGCACCUCCCAAAAGGCCCAGAAAGGGCCCGAUUUCUCCAAACUUUUGGACGGGGUGGUGUUUGUGCUGUCAGGGUUCGUGAACCCGGAGAGGAGCACGCUUCGUUCACAAGCAUUGGACAUGGGAGCCGAAUAUCGAGCCGAUUGGACAUCAGACUGCACCCUUCUUGUUUGUGCAUUUGUCAACACCCCCAAGUUUCGACAGGUUCAGGCGGAUAAUGGAACCAUUAUCUCAAAGGACUGGAUCUUUGAGUCUCACAAGCAAAGAAAACUUGUGGACAUUGAACCUUUCCUUAUGCAUGCUGGAAAACCAUGGCGAAAAAAUAAGGAGCCCAUCAAAACUGAUCAAGAUGAGAAGGAAACAUGCAAAGAGCAUCAAAAACAAGUUCAACGAUCUCGUGUCAAGCCAUCCACCUCUGAUGCCAUGGAGGCAGGAAAUUUAGAAUCAGCAAACAAAUGUUUUUCUCCCUCAAAAAUAAAGCAAUGGGCCAUGGAUGAUUUGGCACAGACUAUGUCAUGGCUGGACAGCCAAGAAGAGAAGCCAGAGCCAAGUGAACUGAAGGCUAUAGCCUCUGAAGGGGUAAUCACUUGUCUUCAAGAUGCCAUAGAAUCCCUCGAGCAAGGCAAUGAUAUCAAGGGAGUUGCAGAGCAGUGGAGCUUCGUCCCCCAUGUUGUCAACGAGCUGUUAAAACUAGAUGGAGGCGGAAAAGGUGCGGCUCUGCCCAAAGAGCAGCUACGUCAACUAGCAGGCAAGUGCAAGAAGAUCUACCAGGCCGAGUUUGCUCGCACGGACAUGGGCGACAAGAACAAGGGUAGGCAUCAAAAUGACCCACAUGUGACCGAGCACCGCAGGAAGACCAAUACCAAAUCAGAGGAUGACCACUACGAUAGCGAUGCCACGAUAGAAAUGACGGAGGAAGAGAUUGAUUUCGCGUGCAGACGGCUCCCUGGGCUCUAUGCGGAUGAUACAUGAUACUAUCUAGUUGAGAUGUCAGGUGUGUGAGGAAGGCUCUGUUAGGUUGUUCCGGAUUGGGGCCCUGGAUUAAUUCCUAGCCGGAUUACUUCUCUAAUUUAUAUAGAUUUUGAUAAGCUGGAAUGAAUCAUGGCUCAUUCCGGUACCACCGAAGAGGCCCGAAGGGUACUUGAUGUCAGGUGUGUUGUUGUCGGUUGUUUGAUAGACGACGGGUAUGAUGUAGAUCUAUCGCAACGAGACAAGAUCCUCCCUGCUCACUUAACAAUACAGAAAGUGAAAAAACACCCUCCAGCAGUUCCUCUUU